AUGUCUGGGCUUAGCAGUCUCUCCCAGCUGCUGCCAAUGAGAAUUCUAUUCUUUUUAUGGAUUUUAUUCAUGCCCUUAUGCCCGAUCUUUUUUGGUAUGCAUGUUACUUCUGUGUCCGGCGAAUGUCUGAGUGAUGGGAGGGUAUGCCUGGAAGAUGAGGUGUUGUUGCUGCUGCAACUGAAGAGCAGCCUCAUAUUUAAUACUGCUGCAUCGAAUAAACUUGUUUCCUGGAUUCAAAGCGCGGACUGCUGUUCUUGGGGAGGUGUAACAUGGGACGCCACUGGUCGUGUUGUCUCUCUUGAUCUCAGUAGCGAAUUCAUUUCUGGUGAACUCAAUAGCUCCAGUAGCAUUUUCAGUCUACAAUAUCUCCAGAGCUUGAAUUUGGCUAACAACACCUUCUCUUCUCAAAUUCCAGCAGAAUUCCACAAGCUUGGAAACUUAAAUUACCUGAAUUUGUCCAACGCUGGCUUUUCUGGGCAGAUUCCAAUUGAGAUUUCCUACUUGACAAGGUUGGUUACUAUUGAUCUAUCUAGCCUUUAUUUCAUCACCGGUAUCCCAGAACUGAAACUUGAGAACCCAAAUCUGACAACGCUGGUCCAGAACCUCAAGGAGCUUAGGGAACUUCAUCUUAGUGGUGUAAACAUUUCGGCCAAGGGAAAGGAGUGGUGCCAGUCAUUAUCAUCUUCAGUGCCAAAUCUCCAAGCGCUAAGCUUGUCCAGAUGUUUUCUUUCAGGCCCCAUUGAUUCUUCUCUGGAGAAGCUUCAGUAUUUGUCAAGAAUUCGUCUGGAUGGCAAUAAUUUUUCCUCUCCAGUUCCAGAAUUCCUUGCGAAAUUUCAAAAUUUGACUUGCUUGCGGCUCAGUUUUUGUGGAUUAUAUGGAACAUUUCCUGAAAAGAUCUUUCAGGUACCAACCCUUCAGAUUCUUGAUAUCGAAAACAACAUGUUACUUGAGGGUUCUCUGCCAGAAUUCCCUCUGAAUGGAGCUCUGGAAACCCUGAUCCUCUCAGAUACAAAAUUUUCAGGGAAAGUACCUGACUCAAUAGGCAAUCUCAAGAUAUUGACCAGGAUAGAGCUUGCAAGGUGUAAUUUCAGUGGGCCAAUCCCAAACUCCAUGGCCGACCUCACUCAAUUGGUUUACUUGGACUUGUCUGAAAAUCAGUUUUCUGGUCCAAUCCCGCUGUCACUGUUUUCCUUUCCAUCACUGCAGACGAUACAACUAACCAACAACUAA